AAUAGCAACAAAGUUGUUCACAAACCACUUUGCGGUUCGCAUUUGGUUUCAGCCAGCUUCAGCAACUUGUUGCCAUGAGGAAAAUAAGCCGGGCUGCCCUGGCCAGCCGGGGCAGGAGGGCUGCGCUCUGAGGGACCCGUGGCCAAGGUGCGAAGCAGGGCACGGGGGCGGUGAUGGUACCCGGGCAGAGCGCGGAGGACCUGGGCCAGCAGUGCCAGAAGAUGGGAGCAGGGGAGGAUGAGGAGGGCGGCAGAGGUAGCGGGCACCUCCGCCAGCUGCCAGCUGCAGCAGGCUGUGGAACAUUUACAUUUCUAUCUUCUGCCAUUGCUGCUGUAAGUGGACUUCUGAUGGGUUAUGAGUUAGGUCUUAUCUCUGGAGCACUUCUUCAGAUGAGCAGCAUAUUAGCACUCUCUUGCAAAGAGCAGGAAAUUGUUGUAAGUUCCCUUCUUUUUGGUGCCUUAUUUGCAUCCCUUACUGGUGGAUUCCUGAUAGACCGAUUUGGAAGGAGGUUUGCAAUAAUUAUUGCAUCUUCUUUACUUGUGUUGGGAAGUCUGAUUUUACUGCCCUAUGAAUCAUAUGGGAUACUUAUUGUGGGACGGAUUGCCAUAGGUAUUUCCAUAUCAUUAUCAUCAAUCGCGACAUGUGUAUAUAUUGCUGAGAUUGCCCCACAGCACAAAAGAGGCCUUCUCGUAUCAUUGAAUGAACUCAUGAUUGUGAUAGGCAUUCUCUUUGCCUAUAUUUCAAACUACGCAUUUGCCAGCGUAUCUCACGGCUGGAAGUAUAUGUUUGGCCUUGUGAUUCCACUAGGUGCCUUGCAGGCUAUUGCCAUGUAUUUUCUUCCACCAAGUCCUCGGUUUCUUGUCAUGAAAAAUAAUGAUGAAGCCGCAAGAAAAAUACUGGAGAGACUACGAGAAACUUCAGAUGCUACUAAAGAACUCACUUUGAUCAAGUCUUCCCUGAAAGACGAACAUCAGUAUAGCUUUUUGGACCUGUUUCGUUCAAAGAACAACAUGAGGGCCCGAAUGUUGGUGGGGCUCACACUAGUCUUUUUUGUGCAAACAACUGGGCAACCCAACAUUUUAUUUUAUGCAUCAACUGUUUUGAAGUCAGUUGGGUUCCAGAGCAAUGAAGCCGCCAGUUUGGCUUCUACUGGAGUUGGAGUGGUUAAAGUGGUCAGCACAGUCCCAGCUACGUUUUUUGUGGAUCAAGUAGGAAGUAAAACUUUUCUGUGUAUUGGCUCUUCUGUUAUGGCAGUAUCGCUGGUCACUAUGGGCUUAGUGAAUCAUAACAUACACAUGAACUUCACCAAUGUCUGUAGAAGCCAGUCUCCGGAGGAUUCCUAUCUCCAGAGACCAGGAAACCUCACUAGUGUCACCAAUGGGAGUCUCAAGGACCUCUUUGCUAGUAUGGCUUCACCAGAAAGACUCUCCUUCGACACACACAGAAACCCUUAUGUCGCCAGGACAAGAGAACUGAACAGGACUACCCUGGCAGAAGGCAAAAGCACGAUGGGGUCUCACACAGAAAGUGGGGAGGUUCCCGUUGUCCUGAAAUGGCUCUCGCUGGCCAGCCUGCUUGUUUAUGUUGCUGCCUUUUCCAUAGGUCUUGGACCAAUGUCUUGGCUGGUCCUGAGUGAAAUUUUCCCUGGCGGGCUCAGAGGACGGGCCAUGGCUUUGACAUCCAGCAUGAACUGGGGAAUAAACCUCCUCAUCUCCUUGACUUUGACUGUCACCGAGCUUAUUGGCUUGUCCUGGGUGUGUUUCAUUUACACAGUAAUGAGCCUCGCAUCCCUGGCUUUUGUUAUUGUGUUUAUACCAGAGACGAAAGGAUGCUCUUUGGAGCAAAUAUCCAUGGAACUGGCUAAAGAGAAAUACGCAAAGACCCCGCUGUGCUGGGUGGGCCAGCGCAGGGAGAAGCUGGUGCCGGUGGAACUUCCCAAAGGAGAGAAAGAGCAAUUCUACUAGACUGGGGCAGCCAGGGUGGCCUUCACCAAAAGGCUGAUACCAGACAAAAAAAAAAUAAAUAAAUGCUGACACUACGAUGGGGUACAUGGUAUCUUCUCUAUACGCAGGAUAAUCUCUCAUUUCUUAGUAAAGCUUUUGUCGGUGGCAGUUGAUGGCCAACAUUAAAGAUUGUUGUAGUUUAAUAACA